GCAAAAAGAAGAUUUCAGUAUCAUUUCACGGUAGUUAGGCAAGACGAUAAAAGGGUUAUGCCAAUUAUGGAAAACGAAAGUUCUAAUGUACCGCGGGCCGAAGAAAUCAAAAUUCAAGCAAAUGAAGCAUUUAAAGCCCACAAGUAUGGUCAGGCUAUUGACUUGUACACUCAGGCAAUAGAACUAAAUAGUCAGAAUGCAGUAUACUGGGCAAAUCGUGCAUUUGCUCACACCAAAUUGGAAGAAUACGGUAGUGCCAUACAGGAUGCUACGAAGGCAAUUGAAGUUGAUCCUAGAUAUUCAAAGGGUUAUUACAGACGUGGUGCUGCUUAUCUUGCAAUGGGGAAGUUUAAGGAAGCACUAAAGGAUUUUCAACAGGUAAAAAAGAUUUUACCCAAUGAUCCCGAUGCUACCAAGAAAUUGAAGGAAUGUGAGAAAGCAGUAAUGAAAUUAAAAUUUGAAGAAGCAAUUUCUGUGCCCGAGUCUGAGAGGCAUUCUGUAGCUGAAUCUAUUGACUAUCACAGCAUAGGGACGAGUCCCAGGUCAUCAUUCAUGCCCACCCAAUUGGGCAUAGCGGCAGUUGCAGUAGCAUUUGUGGCAGCACUAGCGAUGAUGCUGGGGGCAGCAGCAGCCACAAAGGUGGCAGCAGUAGUGGUCGUGGUUCUAGGGACAUGGUGGUGGGGUGGAUCUUCUGAGGUGGAGCCACAAUAUUCAGGUGCAAAAAUAGAGGGAGAUGUUGUCACUUUGGAUUUUGUUAAAAAAAUGAUGGAUGACUUCAAGAAUCAAAAGUGUUUGCAUAGGAGAUAUGCAUUCCAGAUUGUCUUACAAACACGAGAAAUGCUGCGAGCUCAGCCCCCUCUUGUUGAUAUUAAUGUUCCUGAUGGCAGUCAUUUCACCGUCUGUGGUGAUGUACAUGGUCAGUUCUAUGAUUUGUUAAAUAUUUUUGAGCUUAAUGGUCUCCCGUCUGAAGAGAAUCCAUAUCUUUUUAAUGGUGACUUUGUGGAUAGAGGAUCUUUCUCCGUGGAGGUCAUCCUCACACUGUUUGCACUAAAGUGCAUGUGUCCAUCAGCAAUUUAUCUUGCUAGAGGGAAUCACGAGAGUAAGAGCAUGAACAAGAUAUACGGUUUUGAGGGCGAGGUCCGGUCCAAGUUGAGUGACACAUUCGUGGAACUCUUUGCAGAAGUAUUCUGUUGUUUGCCUUUGGCUCACGUAAUAAACCAAAAGGUUUUUGUCGUUCAUGGAGGCCUUUUUAGUGUUGACGGGGUGAAACUCUCCGACAUCAAAGCAAUAGAUCGGUUUUGUGAGCCUCCUGAGGAAGGGUUGAUGUGUGAAUUGCUUUGGAGUGAUCCACAACCUUUACCAGGACGAGGUCCUAGCAAGAGGGGAGUAGGUCUUUCUUUCGGCGUGGACGUGACAAAAAAAUUUUUGCGGGAUAACAAUCUAGAUCUAAUCGUGCGAUCUCAUGAAGUAAAAGAUGAAGGCUAUGAGAUUGAGCAUGACGGUAAACUUAUUACAGUUUUCUCUGCACCAAAUUACUGUGAUCAGAUGGGUAACAAGGGUGCGUAUAUUCGGUUCGAAGCCCCCGAUUUGAAGCCAAAUAUUGUUACAUUCGCUGCAGUGCCUCACCCCGAUGUCAAACCGAUGGCCUAUGCAAACAAUUUCCUUAGAAUGUUCCAAUAGUCAUUGAUCGAUGGUUCAAUCUCGUACAUCCGGUUUCUUGCUGCCCGAUGUCUCAUCUACCGCUCAAUGGUAAGUUUCGUUUUGAAAAUUCGACCGACUUUAAUGAUUAAUCCAAAUGCCGGUUCAAGGCUGGGACCC